GCAAUGGUCCCAGCUCUGGUUGAAGAGGAAACACAGGAGAACUUCCCCACUUCACCAUGCAUGUUCAAACAAGACUUUUCUCUCUCUAGAAGAGCAAAAUAUAGCCUACAACUUUCUCUCUCAUCUCAAUUUUCAGAACCUCCAUAGCUAUGGAGGGAAACUCUAUAGCUACCUCUUUGUUCCAUGCAUGAGAGAGCACUCCAGUUAAGACUUCAAAGAAAAAAGUGCCUCUCUCUCUCUCUCUAUAGAAGGAAAGAAUGUCAAACAUCACAGGUGAAGGGAGUUUCUCUUCUGGAGAAGAGAUUAACACAGUGCAUGAGCAACAGAGUGUUCACAACGUAUCGAUGACACCUGUUUACGAUCAGAGUAACAGUAAUGGCUCUGGUUCACAGCCUGUGGUCACAACGAAGAAGAAACGAAACCUACCAGGAACUCCAGACCCAACAGCUGAGGUGAUUGCAUUGUCCCCAACAACUCUAAUGGCAACAAACAGGUUCAUAUGUGAGAUAUGUAACAAAGGUUUUCAAAGGGACCAAAACCUGCAACUCCAUAGAAGAGGUCACAACCUUCCAUGGAAGCUAAGGCAAAGAACAAGCACAGAGAUAAGGAAGAGAGUGUACAUCUGUCCUGAGACUACUUGUGUUCACCAUAACCCAAGUCGAGCACUUGGAGACCUCACUGGCAUAAAGAAACACUUUUGUCGAAAACACGGAGAGAAGAAAUGGAAGUGUGAUAAGUGCUCAAAGAAGUAUGCGGUCCAGUCAGACUGGAAGGCACAUACGAAGACUUGCGGCACCAAGGAAUAUAAGUGCGACUGUGGAACCAUAUUCUCGAGGAGAGACAGCUUCAUAACACACAGAGCCUUCUGCGAUGCCCUUGUAGAGGAAAACACAAAGCUCAACCAAGGCCUGGCGACAAUGGGGGCAACCAACCUACAAGGCCAAGUGUCCGAACUCAUGUCAUCCAUGGCCAUGCCACCCUCCAUGGCAAUGAGCACAACAGACUCCAUAAUGGGAACUGGCCUCUCAGACUUCACUAACCAAGAUACCAAGAACCCACUGAAACCCUUAUCACCCCAUGAACUGAUGCCAAUGCCCCUUAAAACUCUGCCAAACAUCAUCUUCUCAACAAGCUCCUCUGGUUCAAUGUUUAGCCCUAGGGCUAGCAGCAUGUCACUGAACAUGAACCAAGGAGCGGCUCACAUGUCGGCUACUGCAUUGUUGCAAAAGGCGGCUCAAAUGGGUGCAACCGCGAGCUCAAACAUUGGACCCCCGGUCAUACCAAGAACCUUUCCUGGUCAGCUCAUCACUCAAUCCGAUCAAACCCAGCUUCUUGGCAUAGAUACUGGGUUCUCGAGCUUUGGGUCCAAAAAACCAUUAGAGAUGAACUCUUCACAGUUCUUUGAUCCUCCUUCUGAGAUGAGUGACAUGGGGGUCUUCUCUACCAGUGCUGGGCUGUUCAUGGGGGAUCACAACCAGUAUCAGAAGGGCUUGGGGUCUGAGAACAACAGUGCUUCAAAUUUGAGUGAUAAUAACUCGUUCUUGAAUUCGAGAAACCAGGUCCAAGGAGCAUUAAAGAUGGGGAGAUUUGGGAGGGGAAGUGAGAUUGGGUCUGAUAGGAAUGGAGAUAGAAUGACUGUGGAUUUCUUGGGGGUUGGUGGAAAUAUGCAUAAUUUCCAUCAUGGCCAGUCUUCUGUGGGGAAACCCAUAUGGGAGGUCUAGGAGUUUUCAAUAAAAUGAUCUCUGCUUUGAUGUUUGUUCAUGUUCAAAUGGGAGUCCUCAUCAAGAGUUUUCAAGGCACAACUGAAGUCUUCAUCUAAAUUUCAGUUAACCAUCAACUGCAUACACUACCGGAACAAGAGCAACCCUGUCGAAUUUCUUCAAAGAAUCAUUGUUCUCAUAAGGCAAUUGAAGUAUUGAACUCCAUCAAAGAGGGCCAUUUACUUUUGUUACAUAAAGGUUGCAAUCAUUUUUCGCCGUUGGAUGUGAAAUUCAAUAGAUUGAAGUGUCUUGUAA